AUGGCUCACCAUUGCUCAAACAAGGCCCUAGGUUGUUACCUAUUAAUUUUCAUUUGUGUGUCUCUUUCUUCAACCUAUUCUUGUGCCCAUCUUGGUCCUCAAUUCAUCCAUUCUGAACCAAUUGACCCAACAAAAAUAUAUCCAGACUCUGAUGCUUAUGCACCGGCACCUGAAGUUGAAGAUGACGCACAAAUAGCCCCAGCACCCCAAAUUGGUGCCUUUCCACCAUCUAUAGAAUUAGAAAAUGACGAAUCCUUAGCUCCACCACCAACUAGCAACACAAAUGAAAGGCUAAAAAAGGCCUAUGUUGCUUUCCAAGCAUGGAAAAAGGCUAUUCACUCUGACCCUUUCAACAUAACCGGCAAUUGGGUUGGUCAAGAUGUUUGCUCUUACAAUGGUGUGUAUUGUGCUCCUGCCCUUGAUGAUCCCACCUUGAAUGUGGUUGCUGGUAUUGAUCUUAACAAUGCAGACAUUGCUGGGAGCCUUCCAAAAGAGUUAGAACACUUGAAAGAUAUUGCACUUUUCCACAUUAACUCCAAUAGAUUUUGUGGUGUUAUCCCAAAGAGCUUGGAGAAUCUCACACUUAUGCAUGAGUAUGAUAUCAGCAACAAUCGCUUUGUUGGUGGCUUUCCUUCUGUGGUCCUCACAUGGCCAAACUUGAAGUACUUGGACAUUAGAUUCAAUGACUUUGAAGGACCCUUACCUCCAGAAUUAUUUGAGAAGGAUCUUGAUGCAAUAUUUUUGAACAAUAACCGUUUCACAUCCACCAUCCCAGACACUCUAGGAAAAUCCAAUGCCUCUGUGGUGACUUUUGCCAACAACAAAUUCAAAGGUUGCAUUCCCAAGUCUUUUGGGAACAUGAAGAAGGUGAAUGAGAUUGUGUUCAUAGGCAACAAACUUGGAGGAUGCUUCCCACAAGAGAUUGGAAUGUUGGAAAGUCUGACGGUUUUGGAUUUCAGUGAUAAUGAAUUUGUAGGGACUCUUCCUAACUUGUCAAGGUCGAAGAAUAUUGAGGUCAUAGACAUUUCACACAACAAGCUUAGUGGAUAUGUGUCUAACACUGUUUGCCAACUUCCUUCAUUGAAGAACUUCACAUUCUCUCACAACUACUUCAACAGAGAAGCUCAAAGUUGUGUGCCUUCUUCCAAUUCCUUGGUGGCUUUGGAUGACUCGAGCAAUUGUUUGUCAGGAAGGAAAAAUCAAAAGUCAUCCAAGAAGUGUUUGUCAGUGCUGACUCGCCCUGUGGAUUGCAACAAGCAUUGUGGUGGAGGCAAAGGGAAUAGCUCUAGUCCUAGCCAUAGCCAUGCACCCUCAUCACCAAAGCCAACUCCAUCUCCUAAACCGGAGACACCAAAAGCUGAGCCACCCCCAGUUCACUCUCCUCCUCCACCUAUUCAUUCCCCACCACCUCCACCGGUCCAAUCCCCCCCACCCCCAGUUUUCUCUCCACCACCGCCAGUUUAUUCCCCACCACCACCAAUUUUCUCUCCACCACCUCCAGUCUAUUCCCCACCACCACCUCCAGUUCAAUCCCCACCAACACCAGUUUACUCUCCACCACCUCCAAUUUAUUCCCCACCACCACCUCCAGUCUAUUCCCCACCACCGCCAGUUUUCUCUCCUCCACCACCUCCUCCAGUUCAAUCCCCACCACCACCCGUUUUCUCUCCACCUCCUCCUAUCUAUUCCCCACCACCACCAGUUUCCUCUCCACCUCCCCCAGAUCAUUCCCCACCACCACCAAUCUCCUCUCCACCUCCCCCAGUUCAUUCACCCCCUCCACCACCAAUUUUCUCUCCACCUCCCCCAGUUCAUUCUCCACCACCCCCGCCACCGCCAGUUUCCUCUCCUCCUCCCCCGGUUCAUUCCCCACCACCACCAGUCUACUCUCCUCCACCACCAACAUUGGAUGAUGGCUUCCUUCCACCACACUUUGGCUCUUCGUACAGGUCACCUCCUCCACCUACAAUUGCUGGCUACUAA